UAAGCUUCAUUGUAAUUUCUACCCCAAGCAUCUGGAAAUCUAGAAUAAUGUAUUUAUAUCGGAAUUGUAGUUACAACAGGGGGAAGCAUGAGGUUGUAUAUUCUUGUAUUAUUUGUCUUUUAUAUAAAAAAAAGGAACCAGGGGAACCUUAUACAGGAAAUAUUUUUUAAAACAAUUUAAGUUAUGGCCUAUGUGGAUGAUGAACAUAUCAAUAUAUCCUGCAGUGUAGUAGUUGUAAGGGACUCGAAAAAAUAUAAUGCUAGGCAUUUGGCUUAUUAAUUUGAUCUCACACUAUAGAUUCGUAAAUGUGAGGUAUUGCUAAGGUGAAGGCAUCCUCUGGAAUGUACUCUGCAUGCAUUCAUUUACUGUUAAUUAAGAAUGUGUGUUCAGAUUUAUCUUUAUUGAAGUUGUCACAAGAACCAAGGCGUAAAAUAAGGAAACUUGUUUCUUUUCUCCUGGAAUCUGUCCAUCCCUCCACCCAUUCAGCCAUCCAUCCCUCCACCCAUUCAUCCAUCCAUUCCUGCAUCCAUCCACCCAUUCAUCCAUCCCUCCACCCAUCCAUCCAUCAUAUAUGCAUUGGGCAUCUACUGGGUACCAGGCUCUAUAGUAGGUUCCAAGACACCAUGGUGAACAUUUAAAAAUCCUUGCUGUAUAGAUACUCAGAAACUCCUGGGUCAAUCUACAGGAGUUAAGUUAGUGUAGACCAGUGUUUUUCAACCUCUGAACUAUUGACAUUUGGGGCCGAAUAAUUCUUUCCUUUGAGGAGCUGCCCUAAUUACUAUAGGAUGUUUAGCAGUAUCACUGACCUCUACCCACUAGAUCCCAGUAGCUCCCCCGACACGCCAGUUGCAGCAAGGAAAAAUGUCUCCAGAUAUUGCCAGAUGUCUCAUGGGCAGGAAAAUCACCCCCACUGACAACCACUGGUGUCGAGUUAAGAACCAGAGCUGCAGAGUGGGGAUGUGUGGAUUCAUGUCUUGGCUUCCCCUGGCUUCAUUACACCUGCUCGGUUUCCUCAUCUGUAACAUGUGAAGAUUAAAUGAAAUAGUGUAGCACUUGACCUGCAAUUCAGUGUUCCUAAAUAUUAGCUAUUCCUAGUGGUGGUAGAAUUAAGGCUUCAACAGUUACAAUCAACUACAGUAUUGCUAAGUUCUGUGAUGGAGUAAGUACAAGGUACAGUGGGGACCCGUAGUCCGGAGUGGGGAGAGUUCUAGGCAGUAAGAACACCAUAUACAAGUGCCUGAAAUGGGAUAAAAGUAUGAAGCAUUUGGGAAAUUGCAAGGAGCUUAUUCUGACGUGCACAGGGCAAUAAAUGAAGCUGUAGGAGCAGGUAGAAGCCACAUGAUGAAGACUUUCCAGACCAAAUAAGGAAGAUGGACUUUAUCUUGACAGCAUGGAGAGACUAAGGAAUGGUCAGCACGUCAGAUUUUUAUUUUAGAAGGGCUCUUUGGGAUAGGUCUUGAGUGGGACAGAGACUGGAAAUGGUAAGCCCAGUUAGAAGUUCUAGAAUAAUACACUGAGAGAGGAUGGCUGCUAGAACAGAGGCAGUUAUAUUUUGCUGUGAAGUCUUUGGGAACAGAUUUCCUUUUCUCCAAGAUGUGGCAAAUUUUUAACAUUUAAUUCCAAUAAGGCAUAUUUUUAGCAAGCUGGCUCUACAUUUGGGGGAAUUUCAAGUUUAAUUUGAAAGCAGAUUACAUGAUAGGUUCUCUUUAAAGUGUUUUCAAAUGAAGCUUAAUUUAAAAACUAUCUCACAGCCUAUUUGUCGCUGUUAUUACUCAAGGAUUUCUCUGCUCUUAAGUGCUGAUUUUUCUAACUGAUAGGGAUUUUAUUUCUUUAAUGAUCGAAAUUAGAGAUGGGUGGAGAGUAUGAAUCCAUGAAUGAAUAGUGACCUUAUGGAAAUACCACCUAAUUUAGAAUAAAAAUAUUUUGGACAAGUCUCUUCACUUAUCUGAGCUUUCAUUUCCUUAGUCAUGAAAUGGUAAGAGUAGAUAAAUUAGGUAAUUUCAAAGUUAUCCUUAGUCCGGGCAUUAUCAGGAUUAACUUCUUCAUAUUGCAAAUUUUAGUUUUUAAAAAUAUUGCAAAAUAUUUGACAAAAGUAGACUUGGAGUCAAAGACAGCCCUACCUGGGAUAAUAUAAAGUCAAACAAUGAUUUCUUUUCCUUUUACAUGCCCUUAGCAUGAUAACUUCUUAUCAUUGUUUGGUCUUAUUUCUUAGUAAUCCCAAACAGAUUUUCUACAAAUAUUUUCUAUAAUAGCCCAUAUAAUAAAUAUUUUCAGCUUUUCAGGACUACUCAGCUCUGCCCUGUAAUGCAAAACCAGCCAUAGAUAACAUGUAAGUAGUCAUGGCUCUGUACCAAUAAAACUUUAUUUACAAAAACAGAAGGUGGGUUGUAUUUUGCUAACACCUACUAGCCAAGCAGGAGUCCAAUAGAAAUAUAAUGUGAGCCACAUAGGUAGUUUAAAAUUUUCUAGUAGCCAUGUUACAAAUGAGUAAAAAGCAACCAGUGAGUUUGAUCUCAAUAGUAUAUUUUAUUUCAUCCAAAAAUUAUUAACAUAUAAUCAAUACGAAAUACCAAUGAGAUAUUUUGCUUUUUGUAUUAAACCUUUAAUAUCUGGUGUAUAUUUUACAUUUGUAGCACAUCUCAGUCUUGACCUAGCUGCAUUUCAAGUGCUCAAUGGCCAUUAGUGGCUGGUAGCUGCUAGAACUGGGCAGGACAACUUUAGCCUUAAAAAAUCUAUGGUUCUAUCAAAUUCCAUGCAAAAAAUAAAUUGUAUGCAUUAUUUCAAGUGAUUGAGACACUUAGUUUUUCUUGCCACGUAUAUUGGUUAGGAAAACACUAUCUACACUUUGAAAUAAAAUUAAAAAUGCAUGGGGGCGAAAGAAAGUAGAAGUUUAUCUUUCACCCAUGUGAAGUUGAAAAUUGCUGUUCCUGAUUAGCUUGGUGACUCUGCUCUAUGGCGAUUCUGAGGAGUCCUGAUUCCUUUGGUCUUGGGCUCUUCCAUCUCCAGCUCAAGGCUUCCAAGGCCAUGUCUUCACUGCAUCAGACCCCUGAGAAGGCAACAGAGUGCAGAAACACACCAGCCUCCUAACUGCCUCCGCUUGGAAGUGACCCAGAAUCAUUUUGCUCUGAUUCCACUGGUCACAUCCUACUAUCUUACCCCAGGAUACCUUACAAGACUUUGUCAAGCAUCUUGCUGAAAUAGAUCUGCAUUUUCCCUCCCAUUGGCCGUCCUGCGUGGGUACCAAGUUCCACACGGGAUUUCAUGGAUUGUCAGGAGAUGUCAGUGAAAAAAAGGGUCCAGAAUGAUUACUAACCCAUGACUCCCAACAGUAUGACAGAAAAUGGCCUUCCAGCCUGGGACAAGCCGAAGACUUGUCCACACGGCGAGCAGGAGUGGAAGCUUGUGGGAAUGUCUGAAGCCUGCCUGCACAGGAAGAGCCCCCCAGAGAGGCGCAGCGCACUGAAAAAUGAGCAGUCGCCCCGGCACCUCAUCCAGGCCACCUGGACCAGCUCCAUAUUCCAUCUGGACCACGAUGAUGUGAAUGAUCAGAGCGCCCCUAACGCCCAGACCUUCCAAACGGAAGAGAAGAAAUGUAAAGGCUACAUCCCCAGUUACUUAGACAAGGACGAGCUAUGUGUCGUGUGUGGUGACAAAGCCACUGGCUACCACUACCGCUGCAUCACGUGUGAAGGCUGCAAGGGUUUCUUUAGAAGAACCAUUCAGAAAAAUCUCCAUCCAUCCUAUUCCUGUAAAUAUGAAGGAAAAUGUGUCAUAGACAAAGUUACAAGAAAUCAGUGCCAGGAAUGUCGCUUUAAAAAAUGCAUCUACGUUGGCAUGGCAACAGAUUUGGUCCUGGACGACAGCAAGCGUCUGGCCAAGAGGAAGCUGAUUGAGGAGAACCGGGAGAAGAGGCGGCGGGAGGAGCUGCAGAGAUCCAUCGGUCACAAGCCCGAGCCCACCGACCAGGAGUGGGAGCUCAUCAAGACCGUCACCGAGGCCCACGUGGCCACCAACGCCCAAGGCAGCCACUGGAAGCAGAAGCGGAAGUUCCUGCCAGAAGACAUUGGACAAGCACCAAUAGUAAACGCCCCAGAAGGUGGAAAGGUCGACUUGGAAGCCUUCAGCCAUUUUACAAAAAUCAUCACACCAGCAAUUACCAGAGUGGUGGAUUUUGCCAAAAAGUUGCCUAUGUUUUGUGAGCUGCCAUGCGAAGACCAGAUAAUCCUCCUCAAAGGCUGCUGCAUGGAGAUCAUGUCCCUUCGCGCUGCCGUGCGCUACGAUCCAGAAAGUGAGACUUUAACCUUGAACGGGGAGAUGGCGGUGACUCGGGGCCAGCUGAAAAACGGGGGUCUCGGGGUGGUGUCAGACGCCAUCUUCGACCUGGGCAUGUCGCUGUCUUCUUUCAACCUGGAUGACACUGAAGUCGCUCUCCUUCAGGCCGUCCUGCUGAUGUCUUCAGACCGCCCAGGGCUCGCCUGUGUUGAGAGAAUAGAAAAAUACCAAGAUAGUUUCCUGCUGGCCUUUGAACACUAUAUCAAUUACCGAAAACACCACGUGACUCACUUUUGGCCAAAACUCCUGAUGAAGGUGACAGAUCUGCGGAUGAUCGGAGCCUGCCAUGCCAGCCGCUUUCUGCACAUGAAGGUGGAAUGCCCCACGGAACUCUUUCCCCCAUUGUUCUUGGAAGUGUUUGAGGAUUAGACUGACUCAUUCUCAUAAUUCCAACAGCACUGCUGGGUGUCAUUUCAUUCCAUUGCCUAGCUCUUUUUUGUUCGUUCCUUUAUUUCUUUGUGUUGGGAGGGAUUGUUUGGGGGAAAGGGGAGGUAGUCCUUGGCCUAGACAUGGAUGAAAUUGCCCCUUGAAUGCGGGUACUUGUAACUACUGCAUUUUGUUCUCCAGUCCUUUGAUGUGAAUGCUUUGGAGGUUUUACAGUUGUGGAGGUGGCAGGGGACAAUCAUUAAUUCACCAGCACCAAGCCAUCACCAGCUCCCAUCUGUCCCAGUCAGAGACUGGAGCAAGCAGAAUGGUGCGGCAGAAGACUGAAGAAGACUUAAAACCAAGACAAUAUCGUCAUCUUGAACCGAUCCUGAUUUUUGCAGCACUCAGAUUAGCACAUUGCAGACCGCCUUUGGUUAGAUGUGGCUUUCGGCUUCCUAGGGAAAGGUCUGAACCAAUUUUUAUCUAUUCAAGAGCAUGCUGUUUUCAGCACUCUUUAUUCUCUCUUAGCAGCCUAACCUGGAACGUAUAGGAAUAUUUGUUUCCCAACAAUUAGCUGUCCUUUCACUGUAAUUGUUACAGUCCUAUGAUUUAAUUCGAGUUAUACAAGGGCAUGACUCAAAGAUGUGCAGGUGUCUGACUGAUUGAGGCCAACUAGGAAAAUCAUUUCUUUCAGUAAGCCCAAAGAAAUUCGAAGUCUUCACGAAUGUCAGUGACUCAACAGUUUCCAAAAAUUCACCUAGUGUUACCUCAUAGUAAGAAGGCUUCUUACAGUUUAGGCUCAGAGAAAAUUCCCACAAAAAUCCAACCUAUUUUACAGUGUUGUCGCCGUUCAGUGACAUCUGACCCCUCACCUCCCAAACUCCUGAAGUUAUUCCGCCUGACUGCAUCUCUGCUGAGCCGACAACAGAUGUCCCUAUGGAUCAACCCUUCUAACCGAGGAGCGAUAACAAGCUGAAAUCUAAGUCUUGUUCUGGAGGGAUGCCGAGGAGAGAUUAGUGCGGUUACGUGCUAAGUUGAAGGAAAGGCAGCGCUCUCAGAGCCUCCUCUCAUCCCGAUGCUCUGAGGUUGCUUCCUUCUGGUCUUAGAUCCGGAAGCUCUCUGCUUUACUCACAAGUGUGUCCUAGGCCCCCUUUUCCCUCUGACUCUGAGGCUUGGCUCUCACCAAAGCCUGGAGUGACCACUGACUCUCUCUGUCCCUCUGAUAGCCUUGCCCGGAGAGACCCUCAGCAGAAAACACCUGUAGACCACGCACACGAACCCUCACUCACCUUCCCUGCCCAACCAGCCUCCCCAGUGACGAAUGCUGGAGUAGGGUGUGCCCAGACGGCAAAUGGUGCCCCUGGUCGCUUCAACGUCAGAAGAUGGGCAAAGGAUAUACCCAUGCAAUCGAAUGUAUCUCAUUCUUCACUGGCAUGGUAGACAUAAACUACUCCUCUGCCUGCCUUGUACUGCCUUAUCCUGGAGGUAUUUGGGAAAAUAAGCCAUAUCAGUGAAACUUGCCGAAAAACCAUGUGAAUUAAUUCUUUUUUUAACUGGCCCAGAAGUCAGGGUGCCUGAGUUCUAGUGUGUGCUGUCAAGUGGUAGAUUUGUGACCUUGAGUCUUGGUUUUCUCACCUGAUGAAUAGGUCAUGAACUCUAAAAUCCUUCCCAUCCUUAACACUGUACUAGUUUGGGGGAUGGGAGAAGGGGGGAUCAGGUUCUUUUGACGGUUUCUUUCACAUUCAAACUUCUAACUUUAUUAGAAAGAAAUUAUGGCCCUCUUAACAGUUAAGGAAAGUAUAUUUGGUGUUGAUUCAAAAUAGGAAUUUGACAUACUUCUCAUCAGUUAUUUAGAGAAAGGCAUGAUGGCUUUGGGAAAGGAGGAAGAACAGCAUUAAAAAUCCCAAGUGUGACCAGAAAUAAUCUGGGAGGAAAAUGAUUCGUUUAACGUGCUAAAGCAAUUAUACUGGCUUCUGGGGAGGAAAGAAAACAAGAACAGCACUAUGGAACUUGCUAACCAGAGAAAGGAAACAGGUGGAGAGGUUGAAAUUAUGAACAUGAAGUUCACGGGCAGACCACUGGCUUUGACUUAUCUACAGUGUUUUGGUUCUGUUUUCUUAGGCAGCCUCUAGCCAGUCUCCUCACACCCUCAUGUUAACAUCUCAGCUCCCUCCGUUGACUCUCCUUGGAGAACUACUCUUUGAAACAUAAGCGCUUCACCACCUUCUCUGCUCCGGGGCAACUCUGAGAAGCUUUUCAGGGUGGGGCAAUUUUUCCCUCCGAAGGGAAGGAGAGAAAAGCAAGCAGGGGGAUCCUGGAGGUUCUCCUCGGUCAGCAAAGCUCCCCAGGAAAGUCCCCUCAGUUUGUUUGACAGAGAUUCCCCAGUGCAUCAGACACCCCCAGAUUCAGUGUAGGUACAGAGCCGGAUCUAAAGCUGCAAUGGAAUACUUUAGGGAUUAACAUGAUUGGCCAUUGGCCCAGCAGCUUGGUAGAUCUACAGCGACCCAACCAGCCCCAAGUAAGUAUGUUUGACCCUUGGCUCCCUAAUGAUUGCCCUAAACAGGCAAACCCCGAUCUAAAAAUCUUGUCGAAGGCUGACUACUUUAUGCUGAGUAGGACAAGGCUUCAGGUACAUCAGGUUGAAAGGAAAGGCCGUAAGGACUGAAAGCACAACCCCAGUGGUCAAGGUGACUCAUUCCUUCUGUAACUGAUUGAGGUACUUAGAGCACCUCAAGACUCCAUCCUAUAAAACUCGAUUAGGAGGGAUCUGCUCUGGAUUAUUUUAAACAUUUUUUCUUAUGUUGUCCAGACUUUCAAAUCAAAUGUGGACUGACUGAAACCCUUCCCAGUGGGGAGACAUCCCAGUAGAGGAGAACACACCGUACAACUGGGAUUCCUAUUUAUAAAUCACUUAAAUUUGGGGUGUCCAGUGUGUGUAUGUGUGUGUGUGUGUGUGUGUGUGUGUAACCCUCAAGUGUACUUUGCUCUUCAAUUAGACGUGAAGCGUUUCUAGAAAUAGUGACAAAAGAUCUUUUCUUCUUUACGAUUCUGCUCAAAACACCACGUGCCGCCUCCGAGCUUUUUCUAGCCACAUGAGCCUCGGUCCUCAAUGGCACACUUGCCGUGUUGCUGCCUCAGCCUUGUGAUGCCUCUCACCUGUGCCCCGAGAGACGCCUCUUCCUCCUGCAGCGCGGUCAUCGGGGUGGACCGCCCAGCCCGGCUCCACCCCCGCGUCGCCUCUGAGUGAACAGGGGUGCAGGCUUGGCUCCUCCUCAACCCUAACCCCCCCUCAGACCCAGCCUCCACGAACUGCGGAUGCCCUCAAAGCAUGUCACUGUCCGUGAUAACAUUUUUAUUCUAUGGACCUCUAACCCAUUCGUGUCAUGUUGACCUUUUGCUGCAUGAGUCAUAAAAUAUGAAACUGGUCUUAUGGUUUUUGAAACGUAGCCAGCAUUUGUAAGGCUAAACCUUUUUCAUAAACUGAAUUGAAGUGAAUAACCAGGCCACAGUUCCUCUUCAAAAGGAGAACGCUUACAGACAUUUGAAUCUCGUUGUCCUUUCCAAUGGCUACGGCAUCAAGGUUCUAAAAUAAGCUCGUAAUUUUUCCUGUUAUUUUAAUAAUAUGGAAAUAUUAGCAUAGUGUUUCUUUUGAUAGGGACAGACUAUAAUCCAUAUUUAAAUUUUAUAGAGAAGAAAUUUUAUUGUACUGUGAUGUAGAUAUUUAUUAUCCAGGUAAGGAUUUGCCCGGUGUGUAUUUUUUACAAUUGAAACAUUUUACUUUAAUCUUUAAAAGAAAAAUAAAAACUUUAAACACACACACACACACACACACACACACAAACAGACUAAGGGGAAAAAAGGUUUGGCCUUAUCACAGAAGUUUUACUGUGCUGUACAAAUGUUUGCAAAUGCAAAAAGUGUGCAUUUCUAGUGUGUUUCUACAUUCAUUAAUGCCGCCUUCAAGAGCAAUAUCGUGCAGGUAAAAUGCUGUUUGUGGCUUUCUGUUGCACAGUUAAAGCUGACCCACCUUAUGCACAAGACAAUCAGAUAUAACUCUGUCCUCCUCAGGAUGCAGAUAAUACCCAUGUACGUUACGGAGCACA